CUGGCGGCAGAGUUCCUGGGCAUGCUGCUGUUCGCGCUUUAUGGCGGCGAGGCGCGCGACUCUGCCGCUGCCUAUGGCAACGGCCUGGCGCUGGCGGUGCUUGUGUACGCCACUGCCAACGUGAGCGGCGGCCACCUGAACCCCGCCGUCACGCUGGGCACCAUCAUCAGCGGGCACAUGGGCUGGCGUCGCGGCCUGCUCUACAUGGCGGCGCAGUUCCUGGGCGGCAUUGUGGGCGUGCUGUUCCAGGUGGCGCUGAUCCCUGAGGCCAGCGUGGCGAUGGGCAACGAGGGCCCGGGCUGCUUCACGCACCUGGGCGGCCACUACAUCCGAGUGGACCAGCUGUUUGGCUGGGAGCUGCUCAUGACCUUACUGCUGGUGUCGGUCGUCUAUGCAGUGGCCAUCUCCAAGCCGGGCCACGGCAACAUCGGGCCGCUGGCGGUGGGCUACACCCUGUUUGCCAGCGCCUUCAUCGGCGGCCCGCUGACGGGGGCGGCCCUCAACCCGGCCCGCGUGCUGGGCCCCGCCCUCAUCUACAACUGCUACUGGAACACGGCCUUUGUUUACAUCAUCGCCCAGUACCUGGGCGGCGCCGUGGCGGCGCUGCUGGCCCUGGUGCUGUACGGCCCGGGGCCGGAGCACGGCGGCGAGCACGAGGUGGAGGCGGCGUUGGCAGGCAUUGCGGUGGCGCCGGCAGCGGGGGCCAAUGGGGCCACCAAGGGCGAGCGCGCGGGCCUCAUCGCCAUGUCAGCAAACGCCUCCAGCAGUGCGGCGCAGCCGGGGCGCUGGGAGGCGCGCUACUGA